GAAAAAAGUUCCAAAUCAGACUUUUCAAAGUUGAGUUUUGUGUUUCAAAUCUUCUCAAUCUGAUUACUAACCAUCAUUUUGACUCAGUCAGAGUGCCAAUCGAAAUCAUGGAAACCUUGCUACAAAUUAACUUUAACUCUCGCCAUCUAUAAAUACUAACAAAAAAUUCAUUCGUCCAAACUGCAAACUUCUCUCUAUAGUUUAUAAGACGCGCGCAGUUGAAAAUAAACAACCGUUUCACUAAAAAAAAGUGUAUACAUGGCCGCGGUGGCGGAGUCGUCAGCAGCUAAUACGCCGCCAUUCUCAGCUGACAGCGGUGGCGCCGGAGUUGCGGUGGUCGGCCCAGAGUACUGUUAUCCAUAUACGGUGGAACUGGAUAUGAGAAAGAAGGCUUUCUCCAUGUCGAAAAUGUUCGACAUCACAGAUGUCAGCAACAACAAGCUUCUCUUUAGAGUCGAAUCACCCUUUAGCUUUAGUGGGAAGCUGAGGGUCGUGGAUGCUGCCGGAGUUCCUAUUCUCACUCUGAAACCCAAGUUUGGUUUUAGUAUCAGAUGGCAAGUGUUUAGGGGGGAAAGCGAUCAUCUUAUCUGUAGCGUGAAGAGGAGUUCUGGAUUCAGAACGAAAUUGAAAGUAUACUUGCCAAACAAUACUACCAGAAAACUUUGCGAUUUCCAUCUUAAACGAAGUUUUCUUGAUGGACCCUACGAAGUCUAUGCUGGUGAAUCUAAAGAUGCUAUCUUGGCCCAGAUGCACAAGAAACACACGGCGGGAAGUUUCUUUAUGGGAUAUAACCAGUUCAUGGUGACGAUUCAUCCGAAGGUUGACCAUGCUUUCAUCGUUGCACUCAUAGUCAUUCUCGACGCUAUUAAGUCGAGGAGUAGUGGUGGAGGUGGUGCUGGAGCCAGUGGCUAAUUUUACACGCCCGAAAUCAUUUGUUGAUGGAAAAGAUAUUGUGGCAUCCGGAAUAUACUCCCUCUGUCUUAAAAUUAUUGUUCAGUUUGAGAUUUUACUUUUAAUGCAAUUUGAACUAAAAUGAAAAUUUAUACUAGACAAUAAUUAUAGGACGGAUGGAGUAUAUCCUACUAUAUUAGAAACAAAAACCUCCCUUUCAAACACUUCAUAUGAUUGCCACGUGGCAUGUAAAAAAUACUAAAUUGACCUUUUGUCUAACCAUAACUAAAUUACUAAAUCUCCCUUUGCACUUUACGUGACACGUUUUUUUUUUCAAUUUUUUCUUUAUGUUUCAUUCAACUAGAGUGGUUUUUUAAAUUGAAUUGAUCAAUUAGGUUUUUUGUUACAAAGUGUCAAUUUUGUUUUAAGCGUAUAUCCUUUGGAUGAAGCUUAUUACAAAGUUAUUAAAAAUCUCCAAAACUAAGUAUUGAUUUGGCACGACCAAUGGAGAACAUCAAUAAAUCAUCUUACUAAUAUUUAAAUUUAUUAGGAUGCUUUUAUAUUUUAUCUAACAUUUACUUCAACACAUAUAUUCGAUUAAGCUAUUUAUAUUUAAUAAGUAACACUUAUAAAACAUUUCUAAAACAUACAUGGCGAAAUACAAUUUAUUUAUUUUUUGCGAAAUACAAAUAUUUCUAUGAUCACACUUAUAAAAUAUUUCUAAAUCCUUCAAACAUUUCUAAAAUAUAUCGCUUCAAAUACAAAAUUUUAUUUUUUUCAAAUAUAAACAUUUCUAAGAUCUACAGAUAGACUGGGCCAGGGUCGCGCAUUGCGCGACCAGACAUCACUAGUAAUACAAUAAACGUACGUAGCAAUAUAGUAGACAUAUGUACAGUCAUUAUUUUGUUUAGUCUAUUAAUUAAUUUACUCUCAUAAUUUCAAGUAGAAGAUCUGAAUGAGAAUAUUGGUGCAUGUGCGAUUCUUUUGCAAGUUUUUUUACCCCCUUAAAAUAUCAUACUCAAAAGUUAUGAAUGCAGACUUAAUUAAUCCAGAUUCGAAUUAUGUAAUCUCUUUAAAAAUUACAAUCCGCCCAAAAAAUAUGUUAGUUAUUGAUGGAUGUUCAGGCUAGCAAAACUUUCUUCUAUCUUUCUCUUAUAAAAUUUAAUAUUAAACAACAAUAACUAAAAUCCGCUUAGUCAGCAAAAGGGUGAGAGACGUGAAUAUAAAGAAAUUGAAUGGUCGACACUAAUAAAGUUAACAACAUAAGACUUAGCAGACGCGUGUUCCCUGCUUUCAGAGAUGUUUAGUUCAAGUCAC